GGGUCGCGGGGCGUGGAGGGGAGGGCCCAGCGGCCUCCGGGAGACGGGUCUUCCCCUCGGGAGCGUCCCCGCCAUGGGCAGCGUGGCGAGCUGCCCGGUGGCCUCGGGCCCGGGACCCGUCGGGGAGAUGCCGGUCGACCGGACGGUGGACCUGAGCGGCCUCCGCCUGCGCCUCCUCCCGCCGCGGGUCUGCUCCUUCGGGGAGCUGGUCAAGCUCUACCUGAGCGACAACAAGCUGGCCAGCCUCCCGCCCGAGCUGGGCCAGCUCCACCACCUGCAGAUCCUGGCCCUGGACUUCAACAAGUUCAAGGCCCUGCCUCCGGCCGUGUGCGCCCUGAAACGGCUGGGCAUCCUCUACCUGGGCAACAACAAGCUGCGCGACCUGCCCGCCGAGCUGAGCCUGCUCGGGAACCUCCAGACCCUGUGGAUCGAGUCCAACCGGCUGGGCCGGCUGCCGGCCGUGGUCUGCGAGCUGGGCCUGCUCAAGACGCUGCACGCCGGCUCCAACGGCCUCCGCCUCCUCCCGGCCCAGCUCUGGCGCCUGCGGGAGCUCCGCGCCAUCUGGCUCUCGGGCAACCAGCUGGCCGAUUUCCCCCCCGUGCUGCUCCGCAUGCCCGGCCUGGAGGUCAUCGACGUGGACCGCAACGCCAUCCGCUCCUUCCCCAGCCUGGCCCACCUGCCCGGCUUGAAGCUGGUCAUCUACGACCACAACCCCUGCCGCAACGCGCCCAAGGUGGCCAAGGGCGUGCGUCGCGUGGGCCGCUGGGCCGAGGAGACCCCCGAGCCCCGGCCCGGGAGACGCCGGAGAGCGGAGAGGGCCGAGGAGGAGGAGGAGGAGGAGGCCCGGGAGCUCCAGCCGGCCCCCCGUCUCCCUCUCCCUCCUCCUCCCCCUCCUCCAGCCGUCUCCACCACCACGGAACCGGACUGGCCGGAACCCUAGGCCCCGCGGAACUGCUCUCUGCCCCUCUAGGCUGGAAGCUCAUCGUGGUGCGGGGAAUGUGUCUGUUAGAUUGUUCUAUUCCACUCU